GCAGCAGUCUCCUCCCCCUGGUGUGGAUGAGAAGAGCCACACUCCCGCUUCUCUCACAUACAGGAAGAAGUUGAAUAUUAUAUAAGUCAUUAAAAGAAAGAGGUUUCACAGCGUCGUCACUUUUACUUUGCAUUCACGGCUCUUUCCUCUGUGUGGACUCCUGUGGAGGUGAUGUGUAUUAGUCAAAGAAUGGAGGUGAACGUGAGCAGUGGAGUGGAGGCGCUGUAACGUGUGGAUUACUGGAGCCGAAGAGAAGUGACACUGGUUCAUGAAUGGAAGGCCAGGACAAGUCCUGAGAACGCAUCUGGACGUAGAGAAGAAAAAAGAAAGAAAUAAUGUCUGAGCACAGAUCCAGCUUCCUCCACAUCGGAGACAUCGUGUCUCUUUACGCGGAAGGCUCGGUGAAUGGCUUCAUUAGUACUUUGGGGCUUGUCGAUGACAGAUGUGUGGUACAGCCUGAUGCCGGGGACCUGACGAACCCACCUAAAAAGUUCAGAGACUGCCUCUUCAAAGUGUGUCCCAUGAACAGAUAUUCAGCACAGAAACAGUUCUGGAAGGCCAAACAAGGAAAACAAGGAAACAACAACACCCAGGGAGAUCUGUUCAAAAAGCUACAGCAUGCAGCAGAACUGGAGCAGACCCAGAACGAAUCGGAGAACAAGAAACUCCUGGGGGAGGUGGUCAAAUACAGUAGUGUCAUUCAGCUGCUUCACAUUAAGAGUAAUAAAUACCUGACUGUGAACAAGCGUCUUCCUGCUUUGCUGGAGAAGAAUGCCAUGCGUGUUUCUUUAGACCCCGCUGGCAAUGAGGGAUCCUGGUUCUACAUCCAGCCUUUCUGGAAGCUCAGGAGUGAGGGCGACAAUGUUGUGGUCGGGGACAAAGUGGUGUUAAUGCCGGUGAACGCAGGGCAGCCGCUUCACGCCAGUAACAUUGAGCUGCUGGACAACCCUGGCUGCAAAGAGGUUAACGCAGUCAACUGUAACACCAGCUGGAAGGUCACGUUGUUCAUGAAGUUUAGUGACUACAAAGAAGAUAUUCUCAAAGGGGGUGACGUGGUGAGGCUGUUUCAUGCUGAGCAGGAGAAGUUUCUCACCUGUGACGAGUACAGGAAGCAGCAGCAUGUCUUUCUCAGGACCACACUGAGGCAGUCGGCUACAUCUGCCACCAGCUCCAAGGCUCUGUGGGACUUUGAGGUCGUGCACUAUGACCCCUGCAGAGGAGGAGCGGGCCAGUGGAACAGUCUAUUCCGCUUUAAACACCUUGCAACAGGAAAUUAUCUGGCAGCUGAGGUAAAUCCAGAAUUCAAAGAAAACACAGUGGAGUCUAAAGGAGAGAAUGAGACAGACACCGUGUUCUCCAAGAGGAAGCAUCAAGCAGCAGAGAAGAUAACCUUCACCCUGGUGUCUGUUCCCCAUGGGAAUGACAUUGCCUCUCUGUUUGAGCUGGAUGCCACCACUCUGCAGCGGGCCGACUGUCUGGUACCCAGGAACUCAUAUGUGCGACUUCGGCACCUGUGCACCAACACCUGGGUCACCAGCACUAAUGUAUCCAUCGAUGCAGAAGAGGAGCGUCCUGUAAUGCUGAAGAUUGGCACCUGCCCUACUAAAGAAGACAAAGAAGCUUUUGCCAUUGUGUCUGUUCCACUGUCUGAGGUCAGAGACUUGGAUUUUGCCAAUGAUGCCAGCAAGGUUUUGGAGUCCACUGUGAGAAAGCUGCUGUAUGGCAACAUUGCUCAGAAUGAGAGGAGAUUUGUGACAAAGCUGCUGGAGGACCUGGUCUUCUUUGUGUGUGUGGUACCCAACAACGGACAGGAUGUUCUAUCUGUGGUCACCUCCACGCCAAACAGAGAGAGGCAGAAGCUCAUGAGGGAGCAGAACAUCCUUGCUCAGAUUUUUGGCAUCCUCAAGGCACCGUUUACUGAUCAUGAAGAUGGUCCAAUGCUAAGACUGGAGGAUUUAGGAGACCAGCGCUACUCUCACUUCAAGUACAUGUUUAGACUAUGCUACAGAGUAUUGCGGCACUCUCAGCAGGACUAUCGCAAGAACCAGGAGUACAUAGCCAAAAAGUUUUCGAUCAUGCAGUCUCAAAUUGGGUAUGAGAUCCUGGCUGAGGACACCAUCACUGCCCUUCUCCACAACAACCGCAAGCUGCUGGAAAAACACAUCACAGCCAACGAGAUUGAGACGUUUGUGAGUCUGCUGAGGCGCAACAGGGAGCCCAGAUUCCUGGAUUAUCUCUCUGAUCUCUGUGUAUCCAACAAGACUGCCAUUCCUGUAACACAGGAGCUGAUCUGCAAAUUUAUGCUCAACCCAACAAAUGCAGAUAUCCUCAUCCAGACCAAACUCAUCUCUAACACUGAGAACACACUUGAGACCUCACUGCUACAGGAGGAGGUGGAGGAGGAAGAGGUCUGGCUCUACUGGAUUGACAGCAAUAAGGAGCCUCAUGGCAAAUCUAUCCGUCACUUAGCCCAGGAUGCCAAAGGGAACCACAAGAUGGAUGUAGACAUUGUUACCUACUACAGGUACCAGUUGAACCUUUUUGCAAAAAUGUGCCUGGACCGUCAGUACCUCGCCAUCAACCAGAUCUCCUGUCAGCUGCCCGUGGAUCUCAUCCUUCGCUGCAUGUUCGACGACUGCCUUCCCUACAACCUCAGAGCAUCCUUUUGUCGCCUGAUGCUGCAUAUGCAUGUGGACCGUGACCCACAGGAAGCUGUGGUGCCUGUACGCUAUGCUCGUCUGUGGACUGAGAUCCCCUCCGAGAUCAGCAAGCAUGACUUUGAGUACGAGUCCACUGACAGCUCAAGAGAGGAGAUGAAGAGAAAGUUUGCCCCCACUAUGGAGUUUGUAGAAGAAUACCUCAAAGAUGUAGUCAGCCAACAUUUCCCAUUUGGUGAUAAGGACAAGAAUGAACUGACAUUAGAGGUUGUGAAUCUGGCUCGUAAUCUGGUUUACUUUGGCUUCUACAGCUUCAGUGAGCUGCUGCGGUUAACACGUACCUUGCUUGCCAUCCUGGACAUUGUCCAGCACCCACUCACCUUCAUGAACAAGCUCAACAAGGGCCCAGAAGCUGGCAAUAAUGUUCUGCGCACAAUCCAUGGGGUUGGAGAAAUGAUGACUCACAUGGUAAUGAGUCGGGGUGUACCACACAACCUUCCUGACGCGCCGCCAUCGCUGCGUUAUGGUAAAGGGCACUUCCUGCCGGAUAAUGAGGAUGUCAUGGUGAUGGACACCAAGCUGAAGAUCAUCGAGAUCCUGCAAUUCAUCCUGAGUGUGAAGUUAGACUACAGGAUCACAUUCUUGUUAUCUAUCUAUAAAAAAGAAUUUGGGGACAAGGUCAUAACUGACGGCUCCAUCUCAGCCGAUAAUCUUUUCAUGACACCUUGUAAACCAGACAUAGAUGAGAUUGCAGCCAAAGCUGAGAGCAUGUUUGCUGGAAACUCAGAGUCGGGCACCGUAGAGCUGGAUGACGAAGGUGGCAGGACCUUUUUAAGGGUUUUGAUCCACCUGAUCAUGCAAGACUACGCCCCACUGGUGUCGGGUUCUCUGCAGCUCAUCUUUAAGCACUUCAGUCAGAGAGCUGAGGUGCUGCAGGCCUUCAAACAGGUCCAGCUGCUGGUGUCAGAGCAAGAUGUGGAGAACUAUAAGCAGAUAAAGACAGACCUGGACCAGCUGCGUCUGACUGUUGAGAAAUCAGAGCUGUGGGUGGAGAAGAAUGGAGUCUAUAAUGGUGAAGACCUGGGGGUCAGACAGACCAAAGAACAGAACAUUGAGGAGGUUGUUCUGAGCCCAGUCCAAGAUGGUGAUAUUAAACCUCAGAUUGAUUGUAACAAGGCAAACAACUAUAAAAUAGUCAAAGAGAUUUUACUGCGGCUCAGUAAGCUGUGUUACCCCAGUAAGAAAAGCCGUGUCCAGCAGCAGAGACUACUGAAAAACAUGGGGGCCCACACUGUGGUGCUGGACCUGCUGCAGAUCCCAUAUGAGAAGACUGACGAAAAGAUGAACGAAAUCAUGACCCUGGCGCACACGUUCCUGCAAAACUUUUGCAGAGGAAAUCCUCAGAACCAAGUUCUGCUGCACAAACACCUUAACCUUUUCCUCACUCCAGGGUUGCUGGAAGCUGAGACCAUGCGUCAUAUUUUUAUGAACAACUUCCAGCUGUGUAAUGAAAUCAGCGACCGCGUGGUUCAUCACUUCGUCCACUGCAUCGAAACACACGGGAGACACGUUCAGUACCUGAAGUUCUUACAGACCAUUGUGAAAGCUGAUGGGAAGUAUGUGAAGAAAUGUCAGGACAAAGUCAUGACAGAGCUCGUCAAUGGAGGCGAGGAUGUGCUGGUGUUCUACAACGAUCGCUCUUCGUUCCCGAUCUUGCUGCAGAUGAUGGGCUCCGAGCGGGAGCGGGCAGAUGAGGACGGAGCGUUAGCCUAUCACAACACGCUGGUGGAGCUGCUGGCUGCCUGCACUGAAGGAAAGAACGUCUAUACUGAGCUGAAGUGCAACUCUCUGCUGCCUCUGGAUGACAUAGUUAAAGUUGUGACUGAUGUCAACUGCAUACCAGAGGUGAAAACAGCUUACGUAAACUUUGUGAAUCACUGCUAUGUGGACACAGAGGUUGAAAUGAAGGAGAUUUACACAUCCAGCCAUAUUUGGAAGCUGUUUGACAACUUCCUGGUGGACAUGUCCAGUGUUUGCAACACAACAACAGACCGUAACCAUGCGGACCAGGCCUUGGAGAAGUAUGUGACAGAGACAGUCCUGGCCAUUGUUAAGGGUUUCUUCAGUUCACCUUUUUCUGUCAACCACUCAAACCUUCAGACAAAUCAGUCUAUCUUCAUUAAGCUGCUGCAGUCAACAUUCAGGAUCUACAACUGCACCUGGAUCAACUCGGCUCAUGGCGCAAAGGCUAACAUUGAAAGCUGUAUCAAAACACUCGCUGAUGUUGCUAAAGCGCGUGCUAUAGCUAUUCCAGUGGACCUGGACAGUCAAGUCAACACCCUGUCUCUGAAGGUCCACAGCAACAUGGUGCAGCGAGCAGCCAAGGACUGGAGGAUCUCAGCCCGCACACGGCCAAGAAAGGAGCCACUGGGCGCCCCUGAUUACAAGAACAUCAUUGAGAAGCUGCAGGGGGUUGUGUCCUGUCUGGAGGAGCAGUUCAGCCCAAAAGUCCAGGGAGAAUUCUCUGUGCUGGUGGACGUUCUCUACAGUCCUGAGCUGCUGUUUCCAGAAGCAGCUCGAUUACGCUGUGAGAGUGGGGCGUUUAUGUCAAAGUUGAUCAAACACACCAAGAAGCUUAUGGAGAAAGAGGAAAAGCUUUGUAUCAAGGUCCUGCAGACACUCAGGGAGAUGCUGGACAAAAAGGAAUCCUUUCAGGAGCCUGGAAAUGAUCUGAGAAAGAUUCUGCUCACACGAUACUUUGGAAAUCAGAAGCAUCUCUCCAAGUCAGAACACGUCGGUGGAAACAGCUCAUCUGGAGGAGGAUCUCCUACACUGGACUCUGACAAGCCAGGCAACAGUCUGGUGGAGAUCCAGUGUCUCUUGGACAAUGUUGGCGCAUCAGAGUUGGUGAUUGAGCUCAUCGUCCACACUAAGAACGAUCGGGUGUUUGAGGAGAGCAUCCUGCUGGGGAUCGCCCUUCUUCAGGGUGGAAAUACACAGAUACAGAACUCCUUCUACACCCAACUGUACAAACAAAAGAAGUCUGAGCGCUUCUUUAAGGUCUUUUAUGACCGCAUGCGGUUGGCCCAGCAAGAAAUCCGAGCCACCGUGUCUGUCAACAUGUUUGAGCUAAGCUGCCGAAAAAGGGAAGAUGACACUGAAAACAGCGGCGUCCGCUUCAAAAAAGUGAAAGACUCGGGCCUCCAUAUGAGAGAAGACAUGCGAGGGCAGCUGAAGGAGGCCUCCUCUGUGACCUCAAAGGCCUUCUGUGCAUUCAGGAAGGAGCUGGACCCCGAUUUUGAGAACCUGGCUCAUACCGCCGAGAUAAUCGGACCAGAGGAGGUUUCGGACGAUACGCAGAUGAGCCCGUCUAUCACCAUUAUGAAACCCAUCCUACGUUACCUCCAGCUGCUUUGCGAGAAUCACAAUUCAGAGCUGCAGAACUUUCUGCGUAACCAGAACAACAAAACCAACUACAACCUGGUGUGUGAGACUCUCCAGUUCUUGGACUGUAUUUGUGGGAGCACCACCGGGGGUCUCGGGCUGCUGGGCCUCUACAUAAAUGAGAGUAAUGUUGACCUGGUUCGCCAAACGCUGGAGACUCUCACCGAGUACUGCCAAGGACCGUGCCAUGAAAACCAGACCUGUAUAGCCAAGCAUGAGUCAAAUGGCAUUGACAUUAUCAUAGCGCUGAUUGUAAAUCCCAUCAAUCCCCUGGGUAAGCACCGUCUGGACCUGGUGCUGGAGCUCAAGAACAACGCGUCAAAGCUUCUUCUGGCCAUCAUGGAGAGCCGCCGUGACAGCGAAAAUGCCGAGAAGAUCCUUUUAAAGAUGAGACCCAAUGAACUGGUAGAUGUGAUGAAGGAGGCAUACACCCAGGGCCUGGAGAGUGAGGAGGAUGAAGACAGUGUCGGAGACCAGAUCACACCCAGAGAUGUUGGACACAACAUCUACAUCCUGGCCCACCAGCUCGCAAGACACAACAAAAUCUUGCAGCAGAGCCUCAGACCAGGUUCGAUGUUGGGACAAGGAAUAGUGGUGGACCCUGACAGUGAGAAGAAUGAUGCGCUUCAUUACUAUGCCAACCAAACAGCUCAGAUAGAGAUUGUGCGCCACGACCGCAUCAUGGAGCAAAUCGUCUUCCCGGUCCCUAAUAUUUGCAAGUACCUCACAGAGGAGUCCAAAGUGCGUGUGUUCACCACCACAGAAAGAGACGACCAAGGCAGCAAGGUUAACGACUUCUUUCAGCAGUUUGACAACCUUUACAACGAGAUGAGGUGGCAGAAGAAGAUCCGCACCCCCUGUUGUGUUUGUGCAGAGAACAAGGCCCUGUUUUGGUUUUCACGUCACAUUUCUCUCUGGGGGAGCAUCUCCUUUUACCUGGCGUGUUUGCUCAACAUCGCUGUGGCCGUGUUUUACCCGUUUGGUGAUGAUGGAGAUGAAGGCACCCUGUCUUCUUUAUGGAACAUCUUACUGUGGGUGGCCCUGGCCAUAUUCACUGUACUGCUUCCUGUCCUGCCAAAGCCCUGGGGCAUCCUGUUCUUCCUGGUCUCCCUAAUUCUGCGUGCCAUCUACACCAUGGGCCUCGGUCCUGCACUGGUGUUGCUGGGCACUGUCAAUCUUUUUAAUAAGCUUGUCUUCCUUGUGAGUUUUGUGGGGAAUCAGGGGACUUUUACCCGAGGCUACAAAGCAGUUGUCAUGGACAUGCUUUUCAUCUACCAUUUGAGUUAUGCCAUCAUCUGUGUCCUGGGCCUCUUCGUGCACGAGUUCUUUUACAGCUUUUUGCUGUUUGACCUGGUGAUCCGAGAGGAAACGCUGCUCAAUGUUAUUAAAAGUGUGACGAGGAACGGACGCUCCAUUAUCCUUACGGCUGUUCUGGCAAUCUUUCUGGUCUACUUCUUCUCCAUCAUUGGGUUCCUGUUCCUCAAGGAUGACUUCCGUAUGGAGGUUGACCGGCUCUCAGGUCCAGGGAAAAAGGAUUUACUAAGUAAUGCUGAGAUGACUGACACAUGUAUGAGGGAUCGAUGCCCCACUUCCACACCUUCACCGGUCACUGAUGAAGACGGGACAGAGCGCGUGUGCGACACCCUACUCAUGUGUAUCAUCACAGUGUUGAACCAGGGACUGCGUAACGGAGGUGGAGUCGGAGACAUUCUCAGGAGACCUUCCAAAGAGGAGCCACUGUUUGCUGCGAGGGUAGUUUACGACCUGUUGUUCUUCUUCAUCGUCAUCAUCAUUGUCCUCAACCUCAUCUUUGGUGUCAUCAUCGACACAUUCGCUGACCUGAGGAGUGAGAAACAGAGGAAGGAGGAGAUUCUGAAAACCACGUGUUUCAUCUGCGGCCUGGAGAGAGACAAGUUUGAUAACAAGACGGUCACCUUCGAGGAACACAUUAAGUCGGAGCACAACAUGUGGCACUACCUCUACUUCCUGGUCUUAGUCAGAGUAAAAGAUCCAACUGAGUACACUGGACCUGAGAGCUACGUGGCUCAGAUGAUUGGGGAGAAGAAUUUGGAAUGGUUUCCUAGAAUGAGAGCCAUGUCUCUGGUGAGCAGUGAGGGAGACAACGAGCAGAACGAGAUGCGCUCUCUGCAGGAGAAAUUGGAAGGCACUGUCACUCUGGUGGCUCAGCUCUCAACCCAGCUGUCUGAGCUCAAGGAGCAGAUGACUGAACAGAGGAAAAACAAACAGAGGCUGGGAUUCUUGGGUCCACCCCAGCCCAACAAUCACAUGCAGGCUCAAUGACACAAAUGAAGCACAGCGGCUUCUAGAGUCCGGGCUCAGCCUUAAAGCAACGGUGGUAAAAACAAACAAACAAACAAAAAAAAAACAAAACAAACGGUGCCUUUGGUGUUUUCUUGGUCCAUAGGAGCUCACUUCACACAGUCACUCAUCUCUGUGAAUGAUUAACCCCACACAGCACAUGUCCCCCGCUGUAGUAUACUGUACGUACCAGACGGAGCUCGGGGUAAAGUGUCGUCAAAGGGUUAAUGGUUAAGUGCAGUCAGUCUACAGGUGGCCAAUCCGUCACCUUAACUGCCUUAGUGCUCACUGUUCAGCCCGUCACAGGUUAACGAUUGGCUGCAGAGACAAAAAGGUGGGGGGGGGGUUAUCUAAAAAAAAAACGUGUUCACUAACAUCAAGUAUUUUACUUGUACUUGAUGAUAAUAAACAAACUGGAGUAUUAUUUUUUUUUUUUUUUUUGCUUUUUUGAGGAGAUUUCAUGCUGCCUUAGCUAAAUUUCAACUACUGAAAGUGCACUUUUAAAAAAUAAUAGACUAUUUAGGACAAUUCAAGUGAGUCUGGAGUAGUACGGUCGGUACAUCUGAUGAAUUUUAAAAUGCAUUUACUGCACACACACACACACACACACACACACACACACACACAAGCACGUUUCAGAUGCUUUUUAAUAGAUUCUUUCUAAAUAUCAAACUAAAUGUAAAUAAAGAGUAAUCCCAUGUUAAAUAUCAUUACAUUGUCUAAAUCCUGUGUUGGUACCUAAAGUUGUUGGGUUUUUACUACACAUCCAUGUUUAUGUUAGUAAUACUGUAAUAUACUGUCUCUUUGUACCAUCUUUUUUCUAAUAUUUCUUACAGCAAAAUCCUCUGACUACAGUAAUUUAAGCCUUCCGUCUUGUCUUGAACUUGCACAAAUGACAGAAAACAGCUGCACUCGACGGUACCUGUGAAAUUUUGUGUUUUAACAAAGUGUAAAGAAAAUGUCAUUAUUGUUGGUGGAUGUUGAAUGAAUAAGUUUGAAAGGAGACUCUUGUUUUUCAUCAGACUUUAUUAUCUGAAUAAAAGUGUAUAUUUAGCUACACA